CUCCGCUCGACCAAUCCUCCACAGGCGCCGCCACCCCAUCACGUUCGCCGGCGACACCUACCGCCGGUGCAAGGGGUCACGAUCUCGGAGCGAUGUUCGUGUGAAGCUUACGGUUUCCUGCCUGGUCGAUUUUUACUGAGAAAUGCCAUGUGAAGAACAAAAAUAUCAUGAAACUGUGGUUCUUACACCGUCGGUGAAGAUGGCGGCAUCAAGGGACAACAAUAGUGAGCUGCGUUUACUUAAAAGUCAGCUCAAAAUGGAAUGUGUGUAUGCCACCGUCUCGAAGGUGCUGGACGACGACAACCUCCUCAUCGAGAUCCUCCUCCGCGUCGCCUUCCCCAGCACCCUCGUCUGCACCGCUCUCGUCUGCAAGCGCUGGUUCCACCACAUCUCCGACCGCAAGUUCCUCUGCCGUUUCCGCAAGCUCCACCCACCCUGUCUCCUCGGCUAUUACCUCUAUGGACGCUUCGUCCCUAUGCUGCCACAGCCCCCAGAGCUAGCUGCUGUCACCCGAAGAGUGGCGAGCUACAGCCUCGGGGGCACCGAGGACGCCACUGUAUUGAUCAGGGACUGCCGGAACGGUAGCGUCUACUCCCUAUUGUGCAAACGAGGAAGCGGAGUCACUGGUGGAGUGCACAGGCCGCUGUGCCAGGACAGAGCCGUGGCCGUCAUCCCACCGCUCUCACACCCCAAUUUUAUCGCAAGUAGAAUCCUCUCCAAAGAAGAGGACAGUGGUGGCUUGUCCUACAUGUAUGUAACGUUGGGGCCCCCCUUCGAGAGGACACGUUUUACGGUGUUUAUGUUGCAAGAUGGAGUCUGGUGUAUGCAUAUGUCAGUCACAGCACAAGUAUGUUGCCGCUUCAAGCGACUACAAGCUGUGUUGGUGGAGAAUAAAAUCUAUUUGACAGCCACCAUGAGUGACAUUAUCGUCUUGGAUUUAACAACAUCAAGUAUGUCCACAAUUCAGCUCCCACAAGGAGUGAAGUCUAUCACUUCGGCCACUAUGUUGUCACCAGCUGAUGAUGCUUCUGGAGUAUAUCUCAUCAAAGUGGAUCUUGAACUUCGCAUCUGGCUCCACAGUGGGGAGAACUGGUCACUGGUGGACACCAUUUGUUACCGUGAGAUGGUUGCUAAUUUGAGAAUGUCAGAUUGCACGGUUGAUCAUGAGAAUACUACUGAUGUGCAUAUAAGCCAAGUGGGAGACAAUGCUGAAUUUGCGUUCUUGCAAAUGGGCCGAUGCACAUUCUAUUUGGAUAUCAAGUGCAGGACAUUGCGUAAAGUGCAUGAGAGGAAACAUUGGGAUCCAUUCGAACAAAUAUAUCCUUUUAUGAUGAUCUGGCCUCCCACAUUCCCUACGCUCAAAGAUGAUUUCGCAAGGUUUGCCUUUUGCCCUUUAGAUGAUAUGUAUAUAUAGUGCUCUUGUUGAGUUUGCAAAGUUUUGCAAUAUGCAUUGUGUUAAUCUUUCUCACUUUUGUUUUUGCCAUAUGUUUUAAAGUUGACAUUUGUAGCUGUCAUCAAUACACCAUCGUAAUUGAUUACUGUGGCAUGAAUUUGCAUUGUUACAUUUGUGAUGCUCUGCCAUUCUUGUUAGCAGUUCAUCAAUCAUCGUACUGUUUUCUAUAAACUAUGGAAUCGUGUUGGGUGUAUGAUUCAUUCCUUCAGCCAUUUUAGGAAUACUAAUUCAGUAUCAUUAGUGUUGGGUGCUUUUACUUCCUCCAUACUCUGAAAAACAAUAAUGUGCAUGUAUUGCCAAUUAUCGGUCCUCUGUCAGUCUGCAUUGCCCUGCAUAUUUUCAUCCGAUCAUAAGCCAGCUAGUCAUUUAUUUUACAUUUAGCGAAGCUAGCAAUAUUUUUGGGAGCUACAGAACUGCAUCAUUGUGCAAUGGUAGGCGUCGGUGUCUUUGCUAGGCGUAUACUAAAAUUUCAGUCUGUCAGAUGAGCCCAUAGAAUGGUUAAUAAUACUAGAAAGCCCACGUUGGCAUGAGGCGCUGUGACAUGCUUCUCCAAACUUGUUUCCUCCCCUUAUACGGUCUCAUAACAGUAAUUUGUGUUGGUACUGAAAAAAGACCGUCUAUUCUGCUGCAUCACUGUUUUCUGGAAGGCACAAAAGAUGGGAUAAGAGCUGAACGAUGCCUAGCCUUGUUAUUGUGAGCCAGAAAUUCUGGCUUCCUAUGUCUCAAAAUUAGUCAUGGUCUAAUUUUCUGCCACUGUCAUGAGUUUCCUGCCAACUGUGAACCUCAAAGUAUAUGUAUGAGGUUGUUAAUACUUGGGGUAUCCCAAAAUUUUACGUUAUGUUGGAACAUCCUAUUGCUUACUAAAGUUUUUAGUGGGUCACAUGCAUAUUCUGUAAUGGUUAUGCUUCCGCGAACGCAUGGUUCCGAAUCCGCAUAUAUCACGGUGAAUUUUCCAUUUUUACGAUCAGUGGGCAAUACAAGUUAAGAGCGGUUAAUUUCUGCUUGUGUGGCAUUUGUCCUUUUUAUGACCAGAGAUUUGUUUUACUAAACUGUAAACUGUACAAUGGGAAUAUUCUUGGCUGGGAUUUGAAUGCAUUUACUA